CCUCGCUCCAGCCCCAGAGUGCAGCUGGGGCGCUUCGGCACCCCCUUCCCCCAGCCUGGGGGCGUCCCGGCUGCGCUUUUGACCCUCCCUGAAAAACUUUGCUUUUCUAGCUUUGGGGCUGUAGCGAGAGCCGGAGGGGCGUCCGCCCCACGCAGAACUGGUCCCGGGACUCGCCGGAUCCCUUUUCUUCCUUUUUAAAAGUGCCCUGGAAAGUCCGCCGAGUUACGCUGGCUGUGAGGUAUGAAGGAUGCAGUUGAGAAAACAGAGACCAGUAGAGGGCGGUGUGUUCAGGACAGAGUUUCAGUCUUAGAGUGGUGGGAUCCUCACUGUGUUGGAAUGGAAUCACCUGAAGAGCUUUUAAAAUAAUGCUGGUGCCUGGCGUCAACCCCCACCAUUCCCUAUUGCAGCCACGCUGUAUUCAUCAUCUUUCCUACCAAUCACAAGAUUCCUAUUUGGUGGAUGAAUAAAAGGAGUCUCUGUGAGGUUAAGCAACUUUCCCAGCCAGGGCCACACAGCAGGUACCCGGCAUUGUGAACGUGGCCAGCUGGUAUGGCCUGUGUGUUGGCCAUGCCCUCUUCCACGUUACCUGACUUUUGUCAUCUUCGCAAAGACAUUUCUUGGAAUUAUAACAGCUGCAACAAGAACAGUCUCCUUGUUCCUCUAAACCGGCACUAUUACGCAAUGCCCUAAAGACAAUGCAAUGCCGUUUGUUAAAGGCACUGUGCAACGUGACCACCUCUACAAUGAUACGAGCAUGCACGCGCACAUGCGUGUUCUUAAAGACUUCAGUCCAGUGUGGCUUGAAAUUUCCUCAAAACCACAGCUGGCCCGGAUCCCCUCCGCCUGUUUCCACGGAUACCCACUGUUCUCCUGCUGUCUCCUUUUGCUGGUCCCGCAGAGACCCAUCCACUUGCUGACCAGGCCCGAGAAGACUUGCUGUUAUGUUUGUGUGUCAACUGUGGGAACUUGACGUUUAGCAGAUGAUCAAGUGCUGAAUCCUGUCUCUCUGAACGUGUUGCUUCUGGUCUAAUAAUGUGGGUGCUUACCAAGAUGCUCUGAAGAACAGCAACAACCUUUUGGAACAUAGCCGCUUCCACAUCAUGAUGGAAGACAGAAAAACCACUGUCGGAAGCUUUCAUUUUGUUUACAUCGUAAUCUUAAUAGCUGGAACCACAGUCCAGUUCUCUGAUGAAAGUGAGUUCUCAGUAAACAAGUCAAACCAAGGCCUUACUCGUGUUCCGAAAGGCCUGCCACCCAAAACCGAGGUCUUAGAUAUGUCCCAGAACUAUAUAUCUGAGCUUCACCUUGCUGACAUCAGCUUUCUCUCACAGCUGAAAGUUCUGAGGCUUUCCCAUAAUAGACUCCAGUGCCUUGAUAUUAGCAUUUUCAAGUUCAACCAGGAUUUGGAAUAUUUGGAUUUAUCGCACAAUCAGUUGCAGAAGGUCUCCUGCCAUUUUAUCAGUAGUCUCAAGCAUUUAGACCUCUCAUUCAAUGACUUUGAUGCCCUGCCCAUCUGUAAGGAAUUUGGUAACUUGACUCAACUGAAUUUCUUGGGAUUAAGUGCUAAGAAGUUAGAACCAUUGGACCUGCUACCAGUUGCUCACUUGCAUCUAAGUGGCAUCCUCCUGGAUUUGGAAGGCUAUUAUGUGAAAGAACAUGAGACAGAGAGUCUUCAAAUUCUGAACACAAAAACACUUCACCUAGUUUUUCACCCAAAUAAUAUCUUCUCUGUCCAAGCAAACAUAUCAGUUAACAGUUUGAGAUGCCUACAACUGAGUAAUAUUAAGUUGAAUGAUAGGAACUGUCAAGUUUUUAUUAAAUUUUUAUCACAACUAACAAGAGGUCCGAAUUUACUGAAUUUUACACUCAACCAUGUGGAAACUACUUGGCAAUGCUUAGUCAUAGUGUUUCAGUUCCUUUGGCCUAGGCCUGUAGAAUACCUCAAUAUUUACAAUCUCACGAUUGUUGAAAGCAUUGAUGAGGAAGAUUUUACUUAUCCUGAAACAUCUUUGAAAGCACUGACAAUCGAACAUGUUACAAACAGAGUUUUUAUUUUUUCGCAGACGGCAUUAUACAUGGUGUUUUCCAAGAUGAACAUCAUGAUGUUAACCAUAUCAGAUACAAAUUUUAUACACAUGCUUUGCCCUCAAACCACAAGCACAUUUAAGGUCUUGAACUUUACCCGGAAUGUUUUCACAGAUAGUGUUUUUCAAAAGUGCUCCACUUUAGUUAGAUUGGAGACCCUGAUCUUACAAAAGAAUGAAUUAAAAGACCUUUUCAAGGUGGGUCUCAUGACUAAGGAUAUGCCAUCUUUGGAAAUACUGGACGUGAGCUGGAAUUAUUUGGAAUAUGAUAGACGUGACCAAAAUUGCACUUGGGUUGGGAGUAUAGUGGUGUUAAAUUUGUCCUCAAAUGUACUUACUGAUUCUGUGUUCAGUUGUUUGCCCUCCAGGGUCAGGGUUCUUGACCUUCACAAUAACAGAAUAAUGAGGAUCCCUGAAGAUGUCAUCAGUCUGGAAGAUUUGCAAGAACUCAACGUUGCUUUCAACUCCUUAGCCCACCUGCCUGGAUGUGGUACCUUUGGCAGCCUCUCUGUACUGAUCAUUGACUAUAAUUCAAUUUCCAACCCAUCAGCUCAUUUCUUCCAGAGCUGCCAGAAGAUUAGGUCCAUAAACGCAGGGCACAAUCCAUUCCAUUGUACAUGUGAGCUCAGAGAGUUUAUCCAAAGUAUAGGCCAAGUGUCAAGUGGAGUGGUAGAGGGUUGGCCUGACUCUUACCAGUGUGACUACCCAGAAAGCUACAAGGGGACCCUACUGAAGGAUUUUCACUUGUCUCCAUUAACCUGCAACACAGCUCUGUUGAUUGUUACCAUUGGGGUCACUGGACUGGCGCUGGCUGUUACUCUGACUGUCCUCUGUAUCUAUCUGGAUCUGCCCUGGUAUCUCAGGAUGGUGUGUCAGUGGACCCAGACCCGGCGCAGGGCUAGGAACAUACCCUUAGACAAACUCCAGAGAACCCUGCAGUUCCAUGCUUUUAUUUCCUACAGCGAACAUGACUCUGCCUGGGUGAAGGGUGAACUGGUACCUUGCCUAGAAAAAGAAGGUAUACAGAUUUGUCUCCAUGAGAGGAACUUUGUUCCUGGCAAGAGCAUUGUGGAAAAUAUCAUAAACUGCAUUGAGAAAAGUUACAAGUCCAUCUUUGUUUUGUCUCCGAACUUUGUUCAGAGCGAGUGGUGCCAUUAUGAACUCUACUUUGCCCACCACAAUCUCUUUCAUGAAGGAUCGGACAACUUAAUCCUGAUCUUGCUGGAACCCAUUCCACAGAACAACAUUCCUAGCAAGUAUCACAAGCUGAAGUCUCUCAUGACACAGCGGACUUAUUUGGAAUGGCCCAAGGAGAAGAGCAAACAUGGACUUUUUUGGGCUAACAUUAGAGCUGCGUUUAAUGUGAAAUUAAUACUGAACACUGAAAACAAUGAUGUGGAAAUGUAAAAAAAAAGUCAGGAAAUCCAACUUAAGAAGCUCUCAUACACGUGCAUUCCAGUGAAUAUCAUGGUGUUAAGCUGUUGCCUAAAUGGUGCCCACAUUCUCUGUACGUGCUCAGGAAAGACGGAGCGUGAGCCAUGCUGCGUUGAGCUGGGGAAGCAGGCUGGGGCUGAGGUGGUGCCCCAACUUGCCAGUUCCAGACAGCUCAGUCUGUUCUGGUCAAACCAUUCUGUUUCAAAUCGAAAUAGUCCCGUGUGGGUUAAAGGGUCAGUCAUUCAGAGACCUUUCCUCUCUCCUCCCCUUUCCCAAAUGGGUUCUGCAUGAGCAGGCGUUGAUGGGGCGUCAUGGCAGGGAGGAAAGAGUCGACCUCACAACUGUACGCAGUGCCCCUUCGAGUGCCCUGUGCCUCCUCCUUGGCUCUGGGUGAGCUUUGUCAUCCUGCUCAACUUUGGGGCUUGGGGGAAAGUUAGACCAGAUGUGGAAAAUAAAGAUAGCUUUUUUCUUCA